AGAGAUAGAUAACUCGGUUAUCUCAGUUAUACGUCUAUACUUUUUACCAGAAUUAUUUCUGUUUCUUGCUUCACUGAGCGUGUGACGAAUGAAAUCAUCUUAUCUUAUCUUAACCUUAAAGUCAUCAGAAUCUGAAUGGACUUUGGUGCAGGUGCAGUGCGCGGAGCGGCCUGCGGGGGCGGACUAGAGCAGCUAGAGCCGUGAACACAGCGGAAAAACACGGGCCGAGCUCCGCAGCUGUUUUUACCGGAUCGUUUAUUCUUUAGUUUAUUUCACGGGUUUAACGGAGGCAAACGGUUCCGUCGCCAUGGCAACGCGUCAGCUGGUGGAGGUUUACCUGGACCUCCUGUCGCAGCCCUGCAGGGCGGUGCACAUCCUGCUGAACUCCUGCAAGAUACCGCACCGGGUCCGGACCGUGGCUCUGAGGAGAGGAGAGAACAGGACUCCAGAGUUCACCAAGUUAAACCCGAUGCAGAAAGUUCCUGUUAUGGUGGAAAACGACUUCGUCCUCACAGAGAGUGACGCCAUCUUGAAGUACCUGUGCACCAGGUACGAUGUCCCGGAGCACUGGUAUCCACGGCAACCAGAGCGACGGGCCAGAGUGGACGAGUACACGGCCUGGCACCACACACACACACGCCCCCACGCUGCUGCAGUGUUUAUACUGGAGGUCCUGGUUCCGGCUCAGACCGGUUCUGCAGUGGAUCGGGGGCGUCUGGUCCGGGCUCUGUCUGAGCUGGAUGAGACUCUGGAGAAGCUGGAGUCCAUGUUCCUGAGGAGGCGCCCGUUCCUGUGCGGCGAUGACAUCACGCUGGCCGACCUGCUGGCAGCGUGCGAGCUCACGCAGCCUCUGGGGGGGGACAGGGACGUCCUGAAGAACCGUCCUCAGCUGCAGAGGUGGAGGAGUCGGGUCCAAGCGGCCGUGGGCGAAUCCUUCGACCGAGCUCACGCCGUCCUGUUCGCUCUCAGGGACCGACGCCGCGCCAGGCUGUGAGGGGCGGGGCCAGGCUGUGAGGGGCGGGGUCAGGCUGUGAG